UACUACUCGGGUAGCUACAGCGAGCCAGAUAUGGCGGAAUGGAAGCGCACUUCGUCAACUCCGUGCUCAGCAAGCAUGACCUCGCUGGCUCGGGCGCUGUCUAACAGCCGGUUAAAUCAGCUUGAUCAGUCUGAUGUGUUUCAGUUGCAGACAUCCUACAGCCGGAGCGCCAUGGGUCAGUUUCGCCGAAGGAGACUAUCUAGCAGCGCCAGUUUAGAGUCUGUCGAUGUCAGCCCCAGUGCCGAAGCCAGGGUCCUCGUCAUAAACACCGGCGGAACCAUCGGAAUGACGUACCAGAAUAACGUUCUGUCUCCAGAACCAAAUGCUUUUGUCAAAACUCUACGCAAACUCCCCAUUCUGCACGAUGAGCAGUAUGCACAACAGACACAGCUGUAUGACUAUUACAAGCCUCAGGAGAACACACUGGUGCUGCCGAAGCCUACUCAUGCAGCUGACCAGCUAUUUCAUGGACUGUCCAAACAGAACAAGAGGAUUGUGUAUACCAUCUUAGAAUACUCUCCCCUACUUGAUUCCUGUAAUAUGACCACAGAUGACUGGGCCAAUAUCGGAAAAGACAUUGAGAAACACUAUGAGGAAUAUGAUGGUUUUGUCAUCCUGCAUGGCACAGACACUAUGGCUUACACUGCAUCUGCCUUAUCCUUCAUGUGUGAGAACCUUGGAAAACCUGUCAUCCUCACAGGCUCACAGGUGCCCAUCUAUGAGAUGAGGAAUGAUGGGAGAGAUAACCUCUUGGGGGCGCUGUUGAUAGCAGGACAGUUUGUUAUCCCUGAGGUUUGCCUCUAUUUUCAUCAUAAGCUGUACAGGGGCAACCGUGUCACCAAAGUGGAUGCUGGAAGCUUUAAUGCUUUUAACUCACCAAACCUGCCGCCAUUAGCCAAUGCUGCAGUCGACAUUAAAAUUAACUGGGACACUGUGUGGCGAGCAAAUACAACCACCAAAUUCACUGUCAACACACAACUGAACCGCAACGUGGGCCUCUUGCGGCUCUUUCCAGGGAUCACUGCUGAUACAGUCAAAGCCUUCUUGCAGCCCCCUAUGGAGGGGAUUGUGUUGGAAACCUACGGCAGCGGUAACGCCCCUGACAACCGCACUGACCUGCUGGAGGAGUUCCGUAAAGCGUCCGAGAGAGGACUCGUCAUGAUCAACUGCACCCAGUGUCUCAGGGGCACGAUCACAACAUCUUACGCCACUGGCAAGGUUCUGAGUGAUGCAGGUUUGGUCGCUGGGUGUGAUAUGACCCCAGAAGCUGCUCUUUCAAAACUCUCCUAUGUGCUGGCAAGAAAAGACCUCAGUACACAAGAGAAAAAGAAGAUGCUGAGCCGCAAUCUGCGGGGUGAGAUGAUAGCUGACCUUGAGGGGGCCAAGCUUACUCUCAGCGACAGUCGAUUUAUUCAGGUUAUUGCCAAGUCCCUCAGCAUUAGCUGUAAAGAGGAGCUUGAAGCCAUUCGAGAUGCACUAACGCCCACGCUGGCCUGCGCUGCUGCUAAGAUCGGAGACAUUGAGGCUUUAGAGGCCAUAAGAGAAAUGGGCACUGACUUAAGCAUGGCUGAUUAUGAUGGCCGCACUCCACUACACAUCGCCGCAUGUGAAGGGCAUCUGAAAGUGGUGCAAUAUCUCCUGAGUCAGGGGGCCACUGUCUACGCCAAAGAUCGCUAUGGCGACACACCCCUUCGCAAUGCCGUUCGCUUCAGGCAUAAGGAUGUAGUGAGGCUGCUAAGGAAAACUGGUGCUCACUUCUUCCGUGAUGAAAUGGAGGAUGCUGGAACUGAGAUGUGCAGUCUUGCUGCAAGUGCAGACUUGGAGGGACUUGAGAUGUGGCUCUUGGCUGGGGCCGAUCUAGCCAUGACAAGUUAUGAUGGACAAAUGCCAAUGGAAGUGGCAAGAGCUGCUGGACGUGAGGAAGUUGUUGAGUUCCUACAACAAGCUCAAUACCGAACUCAGCCAGUAUUUGAGGAGAAUGAGGAAGAGAAUGGCGAGUUUAUCGAGUUCACCGCUUGCCCAGCAAGAUCCUGAGGAGACCGUCCUACUAGCUGUUAUUUCCUGCAAUUAUCUCCAGUUUCUCAUUUUCAGCAAACCACGAUUUUCUUUGUGAGCCCCUUAAAAAAGCACAAGCCAUAUUGUUUCUUUUUUAUUCUUUGGUCCAUCCCAACAGAUAUGAAAUUAUUUUGAUAUUGACAGUAAAAGAAUGCUAUUUCUGUAUAAGCACAUUAUUCAGGGAAUUUUACAGCACAGUGCUAAUGUAAAAGCAAUAUGAGAACAUAUUAAUGUGUUUUAUGGAGGAGUAUGUUCAUUAGAAUAUGAUGUAUUUAUUAUUUACAUAUAGAAAUGCCCAUACCUGAAAACUGUUCAACUUUUUCUUACUUGCACAAUAUGUAAUAAUUCAGUAUGUAAUAAUUGAAUUACCAUUUGCACUUGACCGCUGCAGAACCUGUCUCAGGUGCAUUUACAAUCAGUCAACUGUGCAUGCUGUUUGUUCAUCCAGUGUUCUUCAUGUGUUAUCUGUCAGUGCUAUCUCAAUCAUAUAAAUGCAUUUGUAAAUGUAUUUAAAUGAAUAACAUUAGGCAGUUUUAAUGUUAGUGAAACGUGUAUGUAAAGCACACUGCUUUUACAGAAAUGUGCUAAAAAAAAUUAUAAUAAUAAAUUGGAUUAUCGUUUUAAAAAGUAAUCAGUUGUCAUGUGAGUAACUUUCUAAAGCAAAGUAUAAUUUUAGUUAACCAAAAUUUAUAUAAAUGAGGUGUAAUGUUUCUUUUUUUUCUUUGUCCUCCUCUUCAGAUUGGUCAUGCUUGAAUUAUUAGAUCAGCUCAGGAAAUGUUUCAAUCUAUUUUACUAUUUCAAACUAUUUUAAACCCAUUUUAAAUGUGUCUUGUAAUAAAGCAAAAACAAUUAUGGUCUUGUUGUCCUAGCACAUGCCUAUACUGUUGUGUUCUUUUUGUUGAGUCAAUAGGACUGAAAAAGGCAAUAAAUGCAUUUGUGGUUUGUUGCUGUAAAUGUUAAAUAAAAUUGUCGAGC